CCGGUGCUCUAGGAAGAGCCGGGAGGAUAUUUACCCUGCACUCCUGCACUUUUAACUGAACCCAGUGGCGGCUGCCUUUCCCAGUGCAGAGCCAGCGGGCUCGGGCCCAGUCGCACUUGGCAGGCAGGCUGCCCAGCUGACCCGGGGCUGUAGUCAAGCCUGCGCAGGGCUGGGGUGUCGGGGAAGCGGAAGGAGCCUGUCUAGGAAACCCGAGUGUGUGUGGUGUAUAGGUGUGUGCAAGCCUCAACUUCAGAUCCGAGUAGAGACCUCAACCUCGCUCCUGGCGCGUGGGGUCCCGAAGCAGACUCUUGGCUGGGCCCCACUCCUUCUCCAGCCCGACGCCGCCGCAGCCUCCGCUGAGGCUGAGAGUUGGCGAAACUCACUCACCUGGCGGAACCCGGAUCUGGCAGGAAGAAGGGCCUGGCGGCCGGAGCGUGCUGAUUACAGCAACCUUGGCAGGCAUCCCGACCCGCACCGGGACACCCGACCAGAAAGGCAGGUGUGAGGGCUGCUCCCGCCGACUCGAGCCCGCACUCUCCAGCUCCGCGGCCGCCCUCUUUUGCCCCCAGGUGCCAUUGGUUCGGGGUGUCCCGAGGGCUUACUCCGGCAGACGCCAGGGCUGCAGGUUCGAGACGCUCCGCCUCCUCCCGCCACUUAGAUCCACCAGCACCAGGAAGAACCUUUCCGUUCGGUCUUAGUCUGUGGUCACUGCUGAGGUUUACCGAACUUUCCAAGCAAGGGCCAGCCAGGUCCUUUGCCUCCACCUCAAGCCGCGCCUGCCGCUCGCCUGCGACACCUCUACGCCUGGGAGGUCCCACUCUCCCCUCCCGGCACCGAAACCCCAACUUUUUGUAAGCGAUCUCCUUCGCCUAACUGGGUGUCCUGCUACUGUGCCAAAGAGCGCGCGCUUCUUCCCGGGGGCAGCAGUCUCCCAACCUCGCGGCUAAGCCCUUUUCCUCCUGGGAUCAAGUGUGGUGCUGGGUGAGCCCGGACCCGGGGUGCGUUUAAGCGCUCCCAGCGCUCAGCAUUCGCCCUUGCCUCAGAUCUGACCCUUGAGGAGUGAUUAAGCCCUCGAGGCCCAAGUUUCUUACUCCGAAACCUAAAUCCGCCCAGGCGUUUUCUCUCCAAACUCUUGCUCCUGGCGCGGAUUCACCCGGCGAGCUGCCCCGCUGAACUUAAGAGAGCGCAGGGAGACGUCGCCCCGUCGGGUGCUCAGCGCAGCAUGGCUGGAUGCUGCUGUCUGUCUGCAGAGGAGAAGGAAUCGCAGCGCAUUAGCGCUGAGAUCGAGAGGCAGCUUCGCCGGGACAAAAAGGACGCGCGCCGCGAACUCAAGCUGCUGUUACUGGGAACUGGUGAAAGUGGGAAAAGUACCUUUAUCAAGCAAAUGAGAAUCAUCCAUGGGUCUGGAUACAGCGAUGAAGAUAGAAAGGGGUUCACGAAGCUGGUUUACCAAAACAUAUUCACUGCCAUGCAAGCCAUGAUCAGGGCCAUGGACACCCUGAGGAUACAGUACGUGUGUGAGCAGAACAAGGAAAAUGCCCAGAUAAUCAAAGAAGUGGAAGUUGACAAGGUCUCAGUGCUCUGCAGGGACCAGGUGGAAGCCAUCAAGCAGCUCUGGCAGGAUCCAGGAAUCCAGGAGUGUUAUGACAGGAGGCGGGAGUACCAGCUGUCAGACUCUGCCAAAUAUUACCUGACUGACAUUGACCGAAUCGCCAUGCCAUCGUUUGUGCCAACACAGCAAGAUGUGCUUCGUGUCCGAGUGCCCACCACAGGCAUCAUUGAGUAUCCAUUCGACUUGGAAAACAUCAUUUUUCGGAUGGUGGAUGUUGGUGGCCAGCGAUCUGAACGACGGAAAUGGAUUCAUUGCUUCGAGAGUGUCACCUCCAUCAUUUUCUUGGUUGCUCUGAGUGAAUAUGACCAGGUCCUGGCUGAGUGUGACAAUGAG